CCGUGAGCGCCGGUCAGGACAUCGUGAGAGCUGGGACGGCCCCACUUGGGCCAGCUCCCCCAGCCCCCUGUUCCUCUCCCGGCAGAGCUAAUAUGGUCGCCAGCGAUGGACCCUGUAAAGCCAGGAAGCCCUUACCAGCCUGUAAUUGAAACAUUAGGAAGCUAUCCUCAAAAGAAGUUCUACAAUGUCUCAAAGCUUGGAGGCGCCAAGUAUGAUACUCUGCCUUACUCCAUACGAGUGCUGUUUGAAUCCAGUGUUCGUAACUGCGAUGGCUUCUUAGUGAAAGAAACAGAUGCUAUGAACAUCUUAGACUGGAAAACAAAACAGAACAAUGUUGAAGUGCCCUUCUGUCCUGCCAGAGUUGUUCUUCAAGACUUUACUGGAAUUCCAGCUAUGGUGGAUUUUGCUGCUAUGAGGGAAGCCGUGAGAAAUGCUGGAGGAGAUCCUGUGAAAGUCAAUCCUGCCUGCCCAACUGAUCUCACUGUUGACCAUUCUUUGCAGAUUGAUUACAUCAAAUGUGCAAUACAGAACGCUCCAAAUCCUGGAGGUGGUGAUUCCCAGAAGCCGGUGGCAAAGCUUUCUCCACUGAGGGCACAGCCUCGGAAGCUGCCUUGCAGGGGCCAGACAGGCUGCAAGGGGCCGUGUGGCACCGGAGACGUGGGUCGUGGCACGGGGCAGUUUCCAGCACAGAUCGAGAACACGCCCAUCCUCUGUCCCUUCCACCUGCAGCCCCUGCCUGAGCCUGAGACAGUACUGAAAAAUCAAGAGAUGGAAUUUGGCAGAAACAGAGAGAGGCUUCAGUUUUUUAAGUGGAGUUCAAAGGUUUUCAAGAAUAUAUCCAUAAUUCCACCAGAGACUGGAAUGGCACACCAAGUUAACUUGGAAUAUUUGUCAAGAGUUGUUUUUGAAGUUAAAGAUUUCCUAUAUCCAGAUAGUGUGGUUGGCACAGAUUCUCAUACAACCAUGGUAAAUGGCUUGGGUAUCUUGGGCUGGGGUGUUGGGGGGAUUGAAACGGAAGCAGUGAUGCUAGGGAUGCCAGUUACUCUUGCUUUGCCUGAGGUUGUUGGGUGUGAACUGACAGGCACAGCCAGCUCCCUUGCUACAGCCAUAGAUGUUGUUCUAAGCAUCACAAAGCAACUUAGGCAAGCUGAUGUUGCUGGAAAAUUUGUGGAGUUUUUUGGGAGUGGAGUUUCCCAGCUGUCUGUAGCAGACCGAACCACGAUAGCAAAUAUGUGUCCUGAAUAUGGUGCUAUUCUGAGCUUUUUCCCUGUUGAUAAUGUGACACUGAAGCACUUAAAGCAUACAGGUUUUGACAAGGCCAAGCUUGAGGUCAUGGAAGCAUAUCUUAAAGCUGUGAAGUUAUUUAGAAAUUAUGAAAGUUCUUCCAGAGAACCUGAGUAUUCCCAGGUAGUACAAAUUAAUUUAAGUUCCAUAAUUCCAUACGUCAGUGGCCCCAAGAGGUCCCAAGACAGAGUGGCUGUUACUAACAUGAAGAGUGACUUCCAAGCCUGCUUAAAUGAAAAGUUUGGAGUUAAAGGGUUUCAGAUUGCAGCUGAGAAACAGAAUGACAUUAUACCUGUUCACUAUGAAGGAAACGAGUACAAGCUGUCUCAUGGCUCUGUUGUCAUUGCUGCAGUAAUCAGCUGCACAAACAAUUGUAACCCGUCCGUCAUGCUUGCUGCAGGACUCCUGGCUAAAAAAGCUGUUGAAGCUGGCCUAGUGGUUAAACCUUACAUAAGAACAAGUUUAUCACCAGGCAGUGGAAUGGUUACGCAUUACCUCAGUUCCAGUGGAGUAUUGCCAUACCUCAGCAAGCUUGGUUUUGAGGUCGUUGGCUACGGGUGUUCAACCUGCGUUGGAAACACUGCCCCCUUGCCAGAAGCCAUCAGGAAUGCAAUAAAGCAGGGUGAUGUAAUUGCCUGUGGAGUGUUGUCUGGAACAAAGAACUUUGAAGGACGUCUCUGUGACUGUGUCCGUGCCAACUACCUUGCUUCACCACCACUAGUGGUGGCUUAUGCCAUCGCGGGCACUGUUAGAAUAGACUUUGAAACAGAGCCUUUGGGCACUGGCUUUAAUGGCAAAAGCAUUUACCUGCGAGAUAUUUGGCCCACCCGAAGUGAACUCCACGGAGUAGAGGAAGAGUGUGUGAUAUCAUCUAUGUUUAAGGAAUUGAAAGAAAAAAUGGAGAAAGGAAACAAACGAUGGAAUUUACUGGAAGCGCCUGAGUCGACUUUAUUUCCCUGGGAUUUAAAAUCUACUUAUAUCAGAUGUCCUUCCUUUUUUGAUAAACUUGCCAAAGAAGCAGUUGCACCACAGCCGAUUCAAAAUGCCCAUGUCCUGCUCUAUUUGGGCGAUUCUGUAACUACAGAUCACAUAUCCCCUGCUGGAAGCAUUGCAAGGAGUAGUGCUGCUGCUAAGUAUCUGACCAGCAAAGGACUCACACCUCGUGAAUUCAACUCUUACGGGGCUCGAAGAGGUAACGAUGCUGUGAUGACAAGAGGUACCUUUGCAAAUAUCAAACUUCUGAAUAAAUUCAUAGGAAAACCAGCUCCUAAAACAAUUCACUUUCCAUCUGGACAAACGCUAGAUGUGUUUGAAGCAGCAGAGUUGUACCAGAAAGAAGGCAUCCCUGUCAUUAUUCUAGCAGGAAAGAAGUAUGGACUGGGUGGCUCAAGAGACUGGACUGCAAAAGGGCCUUAUUUACUGGGUGUCAAAGCUGUCCUAGCAGAAAGCUAUGAGAAGGUUCAUAAAAGUCAGUUGGUUGGAAUUGGCAUAGCUCCACUUCAGUUUCUUCCUGGGGAAAAUCCAAGUACUUUGGGUCUCACGGGCAGAGAGCAAUUUUCUAUAUUGUUCCCUCCAGACCUGUCACCAGGAAUGACUUUGGAUAUUAAGACAAGCACUGGAAAAGUAUUCAGCGUGAUGGCCUUGUUUGAAAAUGAUGUGGAGAUAACAUUAUACAAGUAUGGUGGAAGUCUAAACUUUGUGGCUCGAAGAUUCUUAUAGUAGAUAUUGACUCUGUGGGUACCCUGCAUUAACUGGUAAUUCUGAAAAUGCCUUGUGUGAACCCAGGAAUCUGUACUGUGGAACUGCAAACAGUCCUAGUGUGCUCAAAGUUACUUCGUCCAUGGAUGUAAAAGAUUGUGAAUUAUUGUAACUGCAACAAGAUCCUUCCCGAUUUUAAAUAAUAUUCUAAUGGUGCUAUUAAACAUUGCUAAAAUCAACACGUGUAUUGUGGCAGAGAGCUGUAAGUAUGGAGGGGAUGUUUAUCAGACCAUUUUGUAAAUAAACUGCGAAAUCUGAAACUGAUUGUGCUGAAGAUUAUUAUGUAAGAAGAUUUUCUGCAGUUGUUUCCACUUGGUUUUUGCACCUGUCAGCCUGUGUACUGCUGUUUGUUGGUUUAAGGGUAGCAGAUGGUAUGGAAUUUUGAAGGCCAAACUAUUUUUUUCCCAGUCUUUUUAUUUGCAUCCAGAUCUUAAAACAGAUACUCAGUUACAAAUGUCUUGUUUAUGGGCAGGAAAAAAAGCAGUCUACGUGAGGGCCAUGGUAUCUUGGAUCACAGAUCAUGACUUUCUUACCUUUAUUAUGGGAUAAUAGUUAAUCUGGAUCCAGAUUUAAAACUCACUCUAUGAAAUGGUGUGCUUAGAAGUGUGGGAAACAUGUCAGCGUUUCAAAACGGCUUUCACCCUUAUUGUUCAUGCACAUUAAGGGUAGCACCUCAGCUUUUUGGCAAGCUGCAGUGUCCUUCAGUUGACGUUUGUCAUACCUGCUUCCAAGGAAGCAGUUUGUCACUUAUGACAUCAGUUUUUACUGUACUGUCUGCAAUAUCAUUAGACCAAGUACCUCUCCUUAGUAUUGUAACCUUUAAAAAUCUGUAAAAAUAUUUAUAUACUAGGAUUGUUUAAAUUCUUCUGCUUUAAAUGUGACCUAUGGCUAAUAAGUUAUACCCACUUGUCAGAUGUUAAGUAUCUGAGGUGGCCUUACUGCCUUUUAGUGCUGUCUGCUGUGCUGGUAGUUCACAGCUCUUCCAAACAAGCAUCACCUUUCCCUGCUGAAGAUCCCUGGGUACUGAACAAACCUGGUUCUUACACCAUUGCAACUUCUGUACAUAUGUCAGGGAAUUGAUGGUGACAGCCCUGGUCUGUAAUGAACAUUGACAGAAGAGGCAGUUUCUGCAGAAGUUUUGGUUUUACCACUUAAUCUGCUCAGUGACAGCUGCUAACCUGUGCAAGUGAGUCUUUGAGAUGCUGUUGCUGUGCUCCUCUAUCUUGAAAAGCUUCAUGAAGCCUCUUAAGGUUUAUGUGGAGAUGGGUUUCCUUUGGAGAACAAAACUGCAAGGAUUUGCCUACAAAUGGCAAAGAUUUUGCACUAAGAUUUUUUGUUCUCUUGAUAACCAUUGUCUUAAAUAUCAAAACUUCCAAGAGGACUCUACAGUGCUUUCAGUUUAUAACCAGGCACUAAGCUGGUUGACUUGCAAACUAAAAGAUGUACCAUUGUAAUCUUUAAAUAGUGUUUCUGACAUUCCUUCCAAAAAAAACCCUGCAAACCUGACAUAAUUAUGUACUUCCAGUAUAUUUUUUUCAUCAAAUUAAUUUUUAUUUCACUGACUUUGAUACACAUUUUUAAUUUUACUGGAUAAAGCUUCCUGAAGUUUGAAUUUCUGUAUAAUUUCUUUUCCUAUUUCACUGUUUUUGCUAUGGUUUUCUUAAGAUAAAGACCAUUCUGGUGACUCCUUCCACUGCUAGGGGUGACAAAUGAAAGCAGUUUUGAAUACUCAACUGAAUGCUGAAAUGAGUGUCUGUUCUGUGGUACACCUUUGCUAACUUUAUUCAGAGUUGUUGAGCAGAUCUUAUUUCUUGUAUAGUAUUGUCUGUUGUUUUUUUUUUUUCUCCUAGCUCAGUUAUUUCUUGAUUUUUAGUUCAAGAAAGUGAAUGUUCAUUAUUGAAGAGCAAAUAUGAACUUAGUGCUGGCACAUAAUGAUGCCUUGUGCAGAUAAUAAACCCACAACUCGCAGCCGGGUUAUAACUUGUGUAACUGCUGACGGUUGGACAGAACACAGCCUCCCCACUCUCUCAUGUGGCAAUACUCGUUGCUUCAGGACAUAGUGACCCAAGCCAUGUCAAGGUAAACCAACCAGUACUGUGAAGUGCAAUUUCAAGAGAUGUGACUUAUCUGCAGGUUGUCACCAAUAAAGCUGGUCAUCUCUUGUGAGACAAUGAUGGGUUUUAUUACCAUAGCAACUACUUCAGUUCUGAUGCAGUCUGAUUUCUUCAAAGCCAUGAAAGACAGUGUUGGAGUUGUGCUUUGGCUGUAGGCUCCUGCUGUUGUUGAUGCAGUGAGUCCAGCCCUGAAUACGCUGAAGUCAGCAGUGUCCCCGUAAGCAGUGCAGACCCUGAACGUCCGUGUGGCUGCAGUGCACUGGGUGCUGCAAGGAGCAGUGCUGCUCACCUAUCCUGCUCUUGCUGCUCACAUGGCAGUCUGGGUUGGAAGGGACCUGCAAGGGUCAUCUAGUCAUGUGGCUGUCCCCUUCCUCCUGCUGCAGUGAACAUCAUAAAGUCUAGGUCCAUAGCUGAGCAUCUAACUUUAGACACUGCUAGGAUGCUUUGAGCUUUAGCGAGGGCAGGAGUGACACCCUGCAUGGCAAUGGCAGGAUACAGUACAGACAGAGGAUUGCUGUGAUCAUACACAACAUUGCUCAGUUACCCCUCUUUACAGUAUCUUAAAGCAUUGAGGAAAUGGACUUUCUGAAGAUGUUACUCAGUGUUAGAUUUAUUUAACCUAGACUUCCCUCUCCACUUUGAUUUGGGGGAAAAAUAUGUUCCAAUUUUUCUGAAUGUUUUCUCUCCUUGCACCCUUCUCCUCCCAAACUGCAGAGCUUUGGGAUAGUGUUGAUGUUUAUACAUUUUACACUUAAGUAUAAGAACAUAAAGCUAUGUAUAUUAAUCAUAUUUAAGCAACUGCACAUCAAUGUCUGCUGUUUAAAGCCAAUAGAACAGUGUUUUAAGUUCAGUAAGUAUUGUAUAGAUAUAGAUAUACUUGAAGUUCAACUGAUGACAAUUGUGCAUAAAAUGUUAC